UUCUACGUUAAGUAAUGUAACAUUGACGAACCAAAUCAAUCUGAUUUAUCAUAUUUUUCACAAAAGAACAAAUACUGUAAAACAUAUUAUUUACAAUGAAGACAAGAUUCGAUACUUAUGAUCUCGUUUGCUCCAUCGCAGGGCUUCAAAGGCUUAUCGGAAUGCGAGUGAAUCAAGUCUACGACAUUGAUCAUCGUACUUAUUUAAUUCGUUUUCAAAGAAGUGAAGAAAAAUGUAUUUUACUUUUAGAAUCAGGAAACCGCAUGCAUACGACAGCAUUUGAAUGGCCAAAGAACACAGCACCGUCAGGUUUUUCAAUGAAAAUGCGAAAACAUUUAAAGAACAAGCGACUAGAAUCUUUAACUCAAAUAGGAACUGAUAGAGUGGUGGAUCUUAAAUUUGGCUCUGAUGAAGCUGCUUACCAUGUAAUUCUUGAAGUUUAUGAUCGAGGAAAUAUUAUAUUAACAGAUUAUCAAUUAACAAUCUUAAAUAUUUUACGACCACAUACUGAAGGAGACAAGAUACGACUUGCUGUGCGAGAGAAAUAUCCUGUGGAUCGUGUUCACACGACAACAAUGCCACCAAGAAAAGUUAUUGAAUCUCGAUUAGCAGAAGCCAAGUCUGGAGAAUCGUUAAAAAAAUUUCUCAAUCCUCUUUUAGAAUUUGGAUCAGCAUUAAUCGACCAUGUAUUACUAAAAUCUGGCUUUCCAAGUAACUGUAAGAUUGAAAAAACAUUUAAUGUUAAAGAAGACAUGGACAAAUUAUGGUCAGCAUUACAAUUAGCAGAUCAGAUACUAGAAGAUGCAAAAAAAGGACCGUCCAAAGGAUAUAUUUUUCAGAAAAAAGAAUCUAAACCUAGUCAAGAUGGUAAAGACGAGUUUAUGAUGGUAAAUAUUGGUUUUCAUCCUGAAUUACUCGAGCAAUGUAAGAAUCAACACUAUAAAGAAUUUGAUAACUUUGAUGCAGCAGUUGAUGAAUAUUUUUCAACAAUGGAAGGACAGAAGUUAGAUUUCAAAGCUUUAGCACAAGAGAGAGAAGCAUUGAAGAAGUUAGAGAAUGUGAGAAAGGAUCAUGAUCAACGGUUAGCCGGUUUAGGAAAGGUUCAAGAAGAAGAUAAAAAGAAAGCUGAAUUAAUUUCGAGAAAUCAAGCAUUAGUUGAUAAUGCAAUUUUAGUGGUUCAAAGUGCUUUGGCUGCUCAAAUGCCUUGGCCAGAAAUUGAAGAAUUGAUAAAAGAAGCUCAAAUGAGAAAUGAUCCGAUCGCUCUGGCGAUUAAAAAAUUAAAAUUCGAGACUAAUCACAUCUCACUUUAUCUCACUGAUCCUUAUGAGAGUGUAAGUGAAUGCUCAUCUGAUGAAAAUAAUGAAGAAAAUCAGGAUAAUGUGAUUGCUGAUAAGAAAGAUAAUGCAAAAAAAAAUAUUCGAGAUGUUCCACAGUUUUCCAUAAGUUAUCAAAAGAAAAAUGAUGAUGAGAAAAAAAAAGAUGAUAAUAAAUUGAAGAGUCAUAAUCAGAUACAAAAAAAUGUAUUUAAGAAAGGCAAAAAAAACGUAUUUAUGCCUGAAGAACCUCUUGAUGAUAAAGAUGAUGGUAGGCUUAAACCAAUGAUUGUAGAUAUUGAUUUAGAAUUAACUGCUUUUGCUAAUGCUACGAAAUAUUAUAACAUGAAGCGGUCAGCUGCUAAAAAGCAUCAGAAGACAAUCGAGUCUCAUGAAAAAGCCCUAAAAAAUGCUGAGAAAAAAACUAAACAGACAUUAAAAGAAGUUCAAGCUAUUCAUAGCAUUAAUAAAGCUAGAAAGGUUUAUUGGUUCGAGAAAUUUUACUGGUUUAUUACUUCUGAAAAUUAUUUAGUGAUUGGUGGUAGAGAUCAACAGCAAAAUGAAUUGAUUGUCAAGAGAUAUUUAAGACCGGGUGAUUUAUAUGUUCAUGCAGAUUUAACUGGUGCAAGUUCAGUGGUGUUGAAAAAUCCAUCUGGAAAUCCGGUUCCUCCAAAAAGUCUCAGCGAAGCUGGAACCAUGGCUGUUGCCUAUAGUAUUGCUUGGGAUGCUAAAGUAGUCGCUAGAGCUUACUGGGUUCAUCACGAUCAGGUAUCUAAAACUGCACCAACUGGAGAGUACUUGACGACUGGAUCAUUCAUGAUACGAGGGAGAAAAAAUUAUUUGCCACCUUGUCAGCUUGUUAUGGGUUUAGGAUUUUUGUUCAGACUAGAAGAGAGUUCUAUCGAACGACACCAAAGUGAGAGGAAAAUUAAAACCCUCGAGGAAGAUAAAUUUUAUGUUUUUAAAGAAGAAAGUGCUGAUGAAGAAGAAUUAAAAGUUCCAGAAGAUGAUUCUGAUAAUUCUGAUAAUGAAGGAAAGUUAGAAGCAAUUGAAGAAAAUGAAAAAGUUGAUGAUAUCAAUGAUAAUAAAGAAGAUUCUAAGAGUAGUUCAGAUGAAGAAGGAGAUCAAGUGAAAUUUCCUGAUACCCAAAUAAAAUUGGAUCUUUCAGGAGCUCAAAUGAAGUUUUCUGUUGAUCCUAAAAGCUCUCUGAAAAUUCACCAAUCAGAUGAGGAAAUAAUUUAUUUAGGUGAUGAUCAACCAGUGAUAUUAAAGCCUAGUUUGAAGAAGAAACCCAAUCAAGGUAAGGUUUCUGUAACAAUCGAAGAACAGCUCAAGACUCAAGAAUCAAAAGGGAACUCGGAAAGAACGAAAAGACGUCAGAAAACUAAGCAAAAAAAAAUGAUGAAUAAAUACAAAGAUCAAGAUGAGGAAGAUAGGCAAAUAAUUAUGGAAAUGAUGAAACCUAAUCCUGCAAGGGAAGCAAGAAAGAUGAAGAAAAAUAAGAAGACUGAUCAUACUAAUCAAGCUCGAAAGAAAAAUCGUAAUAUUUCAAACCAGUAUGAUACUCAGAGACAGUCGAAUAAUGUUGAAAAUAUUGAUGAUGAUGCAGAUCCAGGACCAGCACCAGAAGUUGAUAUGUUAAAUCAGUUGACAGGGAAACCGGUUGAAGAAGACGAAUUGUUGUUUGCAGUGCCAGUCGUUGCACCCUACAAUGCUGUUUUAAACUAUAAAUUUAAAGUCAAGUUGACUCCAGGGACUGGAAGACGAGGUAAAGCAGCAAAAACAGCAUUAGAUGCCUUCUUGAGAGAUAAAAUAAUUACUCAGAGAGAAAAAGAUUUAUUGAAAGCUGUGAAAGAAGAAACUGUAGCCCGAAAUAUACCUGGCAAAGUUAAGAUUACCACUCCUGCGGCUACCAAGUCUAAAUCUUAAAUUAAUAGCAUUACUUAUUGAAAUAAAGUUAUAAAGAUGUAAAUAUUAUUAUUAUGUAAUAAGUAAUGGAGAGUUAAAAAUAUUUAAAAUAAAUAAAAAAAU